AUGCACAUCCUCAUCCUCGGCGGCUCAGGUCGAACCGGCAAACUCAUAAUCGAAACCGCCCUCUCCUCAAACCACACCAUCACAGCCCUGAUCCGCAACCCCUCCUCCCUCCCCCCAACCCCCGGCCUAACCCUCAUAACCGGGACACCCACCUCCACCCUUUCCAUCUCGCACGCUAUAACCUCCUCUCCCACGCUCCCCAACCUCGUAAUCGUAUCACUCGCCUCCGUCCGCAAGUCCGACUCUCCUUUCUCCGCACAAGUCAGCCCUCCUACAUUCAUGACGGAUGUACACCGCGUGUUACUUGAAGAGAUGAAGAAUUUUGGGAUUGGGAGGUUGAUAACGGUUAGUGCGUUUGGGGUGGGGGAUUCGAAUCCUAGUUUGUGGUGGCCGAUGAGGAUGGUGGUUAAUUGGAGUGGGAUGAGGGUGGGGUUUGGGGAUCAUGGCGGGGUGGAGGAGCUGGUUAGGAGGGCGGGGAGGGAGGAUGGGGUGAGGUGGACGUUGGUGAGGCCGUGUAUGCUGGCUGGGGGGGAGGAUGGUGGGGAGAAGGGAGUGGAGGUUAAGGUUCUUGGGGAGAGGGGGGAGGGUGGUGGGUGGAUGCCGAGUGUGAGGAGGAGGAGUGUGGCGGAGUGGGUGGUGGGUGUUGCGAUGGAUGAGGUGAAGGGGGAGGAGUGGAUUGGGAAGACGCCGGUGCUUGCUAAUUAGUUCGGGUGGACGAGGAUUGUUGGUGGCUUUUUCUAUAGAUGGAAAUGGAAGGAUGAAAAUUUUAGAAUGUAAUUAGAAUCAUACGCAUCACUGUUUUAGAUAUGAGGAUUGCAGGUGAAAAGGAAAAUAAGCGUGUUCCGGACCCCUGAUACUUCAGUGUUGACGAAGGGGAUGUGUCUUCGAAUUUCAGAGAUUGGCC